AUGGCAGUCUUAGAUACUGCUGUGAGCACAGGCGCCAAACACAAUUCCGAUCUGCGUCGGAGAAAUGUCCCUGACACCAGCAAAGUUCAAGUGGCGGACUUGACUAUUAUCAAUGAUGAUAAUGCAAAGAAAGCUAAACCGCAGUCCCCCUCAUUUCUCCAUGUUCUCAGUAGCUGGGAACCGAUCAUUGCUCCCAUCAUCUUAACUGCUCUCGCUCUCUUCACCCGCCUGUACCGAAUUGGUCGUUCCAACAUUGUGACUUGGGAUGAGGCCCACUUUGGCAAAUUUGGCUCCCACUAUCUCAAACGCGAGUUCUACUUCGAUGUCCAUCCGCCUUUGGGAAAGAUGCUAGUUGGCCUGUCUGGCUACCUCGCCGGUUAUAACGGAUCGUUUGAAUUCAAGAGUGGCGAGAAAUAUCCGGAGGAUGUGAACUAUACCUUUAUGCGAGCCUUCAAUGCUGCAUUUGGUAUAAUAUGCAUUCCUCUUGCUUACUACACUGCGCGAGAAUUGAAUUUCCGGCGGGCCACAGUCUGGUUGAUCAGUCUCAUGGUGCUCUGUGAGAACUCCUAUGCGACAAUAUCUCGUUUCAUUCUCCUUGACUCAAUGCUGCUUUGCUUCACAUUUACUACCACGAUGUGCUGGGCAAGGUUUCAUCGGUUGCAGCAUGCUAGUUUCUCUCUAGAAUGGUAUGUCUGGCUCUGCUUGACUGGCUUGAGCAUUGGAUGCGUCUGCAGUGUCAAAUGGGUCGGUUUUUUCUGCACCGCUCUCGUUGGUCUGUAUACUAUUGAUGACCUGUGGAAUAAAUUCGGCGACCUGAAAAUGCCGCAGACUGUGCUUGCAAAACACUUAGCUGCUCGCGUUGUUGGAUUGAUCAUUAUCCCAGUCCUGGUUUACAUGUUUUCGUUUUAUCUGCAUUUCCUGGUGCUGGCUAAUAGUGGCCCUGGUGAUGCCCAGAUGAGUUCCCUUUUCCAAGCAAACCUGCGAGGCACAGAGGUUGGCAGAGAUAGCCCUCUUGAGCUUGCAAUUGGGUCGCGUAUCACCCUUAAAAACAUGGGCUACGGUGGGGGCCUUCUGCAUUCCCAUGUUCAGACUUUCCCGGAGGGAUCCGGGCAGCAGCAGGUCACUUGCUACCACCACAAAGAUGCUAACAACGACUGGUUCAUCUACCCCAACCGACAAGAGCCCGACUACAAUGCCACUGCUGAUCUACGAUUUGUUGGCGAUGGCGAUGUCAUUCGGUUGAUUCAUGGACAAACUGGUCGCAACCUGCAUUCGCACGCCAUCGCAGCACCAAUUACUAAAUCACACUACGAAGUAUCUUCCUACGGAAACAUCACCAUUGGAGAUGAUAAAGACCACUGGAAAGUGGAGGUGAUCGAUGAUGCUGCGUCCCGGGACCGGUCUAGGAUUCGGACACUCACAACAGCAUUCCGGCUCCGUCAUCCAGUUCUAGGCUGUUAUCUUCGGGCAGGAAAUGUCAAUCUCCCUCAAUGGGGCUUCAAGCAGAUCGAAACGACAUGCACCAAAGAGAACAAGCCCCGCGAUGUAUACACACACUGGAAUGUCGAGUCUCAUACUAAUGAUCGCUUGCCCCCUGGUGACCCUGGCUCCUAUAAAUCGCCUUUUUUCAAAGAUUUCAUCCACCUGAACGUGGCCAUGAUGACCUCUAACAAUGCUCUUGUUCCGGAUCCCGAUAAGCAAGAUGACUUGGCUUCUAAGUUCUGGCAGUGGCCAAUUCUCAAUGUCGGGUUGCGCAUGUGUUCUUGGGAUGACAGCGUUGUCAAAUAUUAUCUCCUUGGAAAUCCUCUGGUUUAUUGGGGAAGCACUGCGAGCCUUGGUGGAUUUGGUCUUCUAUUCCUCUGGUAUCUUCUACGCUGGCAGAGAGGAUACAAGGAUCUUAGCAACGAGGACAUUAGUCACAUCCACUAUUCUGGAUUGUAUCCGGUUAUUGGUUGGGUUUUGCAUUACCUUCCUUUCAUCAUCAUGGCCCGGGUCACUUACGUCCAUCACUACUACCCGGCUCUUUACUACGCCAUCUUGAACUUCGGCUUCUGCAUUGACUGGGUAACGCGCAAAAUGAACCACCGAUUGUCUGCGGCACUAUAUGCCUUGCUCUACGUGGCAACCGUCGGAUUGUUCAUUCACUUCCGAGCGAUUGUGUUCGGAAUGGAGGGUUCCAACCAGCAGUGGACUUACCUACGCUGGCUGCCGGGAUGGAUGAUUGCGAAUGCAAACUAA